UUCACUUAAGUUGAGCAGAGUAACUUCCAGAAUUGCUUAAAGGCUGCAGUAUCCGAGACGGAAAUGCGUUGCAGACCAUAAAUUGGUGUAGCGCAGAAUACUUUCACUUUCACGAUGUGGCUGCCCUGUGGAUGCGCUUCAAAGUGCGUCUCCUUAAGUCGUCGGGUUUUCAGAUCUUAUUUCCAUGUUCUGGGUCGAAGGAGAUGUAAUAUUGCGGCGUUUAUGCCGGAGUCUGCGGGGUUUGAAGGGGUGUCGGACUGCUCGGCGCUGCAGGAGUUUUCCGUCUCCAACAGUGAGCGCUUCUGGGCCGCUGCGGCGCGCCAGAGACUGAGCUGGAUCAGUCCUUUCCACACGGUCCAGGACUGUGACCUGAGCCGAGGCAGGAUUAAGUGGUUUGAGGGAGGAAAGCUGAACGUGUCCGUGAACUGCCUGGACCGCCAUGUGCACACCUGUCCUGAGAGGGUCGCCCUGAUCUGGGAGAGAGAUGAACCAGGGUCAGAGGUCAAGGUCACCUACAGGCAGCUACUGGAGAUGACAUGUCGCCUGGGCAACCUGUUGAAGCGGCAUGGUGUGAAGAGGGGCGACUGUGUCACCAUCUACAUGCCUUCCUGCCCCCUGGCAGUGGCGUCCAUGUUGGCUUGUGCCCGUAUUGGUGCAGCACACAACGUGGUGUUUGCAGGGUUCAGUGCUGAGGCUCUCGCAGAGCGAAUAAGAGACGCCCAGUCCAGCACCGUCAUCACAGUGAACCAGGGCGUCAGAGGGGGUAAGCUCACCGAGCUGAAGAAGACGGUGGAUACAGCUGUUCAGAGCUGCCCGACAGUACAGCAGGUGUUUGUUGCUAUGAGAACAGAGAAUCCCGUCGCCAUGACAGCCAAGGAUGUUGCCAUGGAGGAGGAGAUGCAGAAGGAGGAUGUGGUGUGUGAGCCGGCUGCCAUGGAAAGUGAGGACGUGUUGUUCCUGCUUUAUACGUCAGGCAGCACAGGGAAACCUAAAGGGCUCGUCCACACUCAGGCAGGAUACCUGCUCUAUGCUGCACUCACGCAUCGGUAUGUCUUCAGCUACCAUGAUGGAGAUGUGUUCGGCUGUGUGGCAGAUAUUGGCUGGAUAACAGGACACAGUUACAGUGUCUAUGGGCCCCUGGCCAACGGGGGAACCACAGUCCUGUUUGAGAGCACUCCUAUUUACCCUGACCCAGGAAGGUACUGGGAGACGGUUCAGAGACUUAAGAUAAACCAGUUUUAUGGGGCUCCCACAGCGAUCCGCCUGCUGCUCAAGUACGGAAACCAGUGGGUGCACAAAUACGACCGCUCCACCCUCAAAACUCUUGGCUCUGUGGGUGAGCCUAUCAACACAGAAGCGUGGGAGUGGUACCACACAGUGGUUGGUGACGGACGCUGCCCUGUGGUGGACACCUGGUGGCAAACAGAGACAGGUGGCAUCUGCAUCACCCCAAGGCCAUCAAACCCAGACGCAGAGAUUGUCCCAGGAAUGGCUAUGAGACCUUUCUUUGGCAUCAAGCCAGUGCUCAUGGACACUGAGGGAGAAGUGCUGACUUCCAACAACACAUCUGGAGCUCUGUGUAUAGCUCAGCCGUGGCCUGGUAUGGCCCGAACCAUUCAUAACAACCACCAGAGAUUCAUUGAGACCUACUGUCAGCCUUAUCCUGGUUACUUCUUUACUGGUGAUGGCGCCUAUCGCUCUAAGGAGGGAUACUACCAGAUCACCGGGCGCCUUGAUGAUGUCAUUAACGUGAGCGGUCACAGGAUUGGGACGGCAGAGAUAGAGGAUGUGGUGAAUCAAUGCUCUCAAGUGGCUGAGUCUGCCGUCAUCGGAUACUCACAUAACAUCAAAGGAGAAGGUGUGUAUGCCUUUGUGGUGCUAAAAAAGGGUACAGACGUUGAAGAGACGGACCUGUCCCGGCAGCUAAACGACAUGGUGUCUAAAAAGAUUGCCAAGUACGCCUGUCCAGACUGCAUCCAGUUCGUCCAGCGGCUGCCAAAGACACGCUCGGGAAAGAUAAUGCGCCGGGUGCUGCGGAAAGUGGUGGAGCAAGACUUGAACGGAUUGGGUGACCUCAGCACUCUGGAUGAUCCUGCAGCAGUUCAAGAGAUCAUCGAAGGUCACCGCAAGCUCUCUGGUAAACAACAACAACGAUGAUGUGUUUUCGGAAAACAUGCUCAUCUAAAGAGGAAGA